CAACACAAACGAAAGCAAAACUUAAUGCUGACGCAGCAUAAUAAAACUCUUUUCUCAAAAUGUCGGAUGGAGUAGAAGUUCUGGUCGAGAACUUCCUCCAAAAAAAAAUCCCUAACAUCGACUCCGACCUUUUGACUUAUGUUGUUGACGUAACAAAGACAAGUGUUGAUGAUUUUGAAUCUGCAGAUGACCUAUAUGAUGCUGUGGGCGGAGUUCUACAUGAAGCGAUAGAAAACGAUGAUGAAAACGAGAUAAAAAAUAUAUGUAAAGGAAUUAUCAACUUGUUAAAUAAAGACACAACAACAGAAACCACAAAGAAUGUCAAGAUAUUAAAUGCACCAGUUCAUAUUGGUGACCGUACAAAGAAUGACGACAAAACAACAAUACAUGAUAGCAUUUGGCUUAAACAAAAUAAUGAUGAUAUUACCCUAAAAACAGUUGAUCUGAAAAAGUUGGAAAAAGCAGAUGCUAAACUGAAACAAAAGUCGGACAAAAGAGAAAAAGACGAAAUUUGCAAUGAAGAAGAAAAAUGUGCUGGUCCAACAACAAACCAGGUUAUACAAAAAAAAGAUCUGAAACAGGAUCAAAGUGGAAAAGUGGUUGACAUUAGAAUUGAAAACUUUGAUUUAGCAUAUGGCAGCAAGGUUUUACUGAAAAAUGCAAAUCUUGUAAUGGCGUUUGGAAGACGGUAUGGUUUUGUUGGUCGUAAUGGCUUAGGAAAGACAACAUUACUGAGGGCAAUAUCCAAAAGAGAGCUAUUUAUUCCAUCCCAUGUGACUGUGCUGCAUGUUGAGCAAGAAGUUGUUGGUGAUGACACAAAUGCAGUGGAUAGUGUGCUAGAAGCUGAUGUUGUGAGGUUAAAGUUAAUAAAGGAAGAAGAGGAGUUAACAAAAAGAAUUAAUAACAGUUCGAAUCCUGCAUCCAGUACACGAUUGUCAGAGGUCUAUGCUGCACUGUCAGAUAUUGAAGCAGAUAAAGCUCCUGCUAGAGUAUCGAUGAUUUUAAGUGGUCUUGGUUUCACAACAGAAAUGCAGAAUAUGAAAACAAAGCAAUUUUCUGGUGGUUGGCGAAUGAGACUUGCUCUUGCAAGAGCUUUGUUUACGAAACCUGAUCUCUUGUUGCUUGACGAACCUACCAACAUGUUGGAUGUUAAAGCCAUCUUGUGGUUAGAAAACUAUUUGCAAACAUGGCCAACAACAUUGCUGGUGGUUUCUCACGACAGGAUGUUUCUUGACGCAGUAGCAACAGACAUUGUAUUCUUGCAUUCCAGAUCACUCGACACAUUCAAAGGAAAUUAUACACAAUUUGAAGUAACAAAAGAUGAGAAACUUAGAAAUCAGCAACGAGAAUACGAAGCACAAAAGCAGUACCGAGAACAUUUGCAGGCAUAUGUAGAUCGAUGGCGUGUGAAUGCAAAUCGGGCUGCACAAGCGCAAAGUAAAUUGAAAAUAUUAGAAAAAUUACCUGACUUGACACCUGUCGAGAUCGAACCAAAAGUUACUCUCAGGCUUCCAGAAUGUGAUCGCGUCAAUGCUACCAUGUUGAGAUUUGAUGAGGUAGAUUUUGCAUAUGUUGCUGGAACAAAUAUAUUUGAAAAAGUGGACCUUAAUGCGAACAUGGAUGCUAGGAUAGCAGUGUUAGGAGAAAAUGGAUCUGGCAAAACGACCUUACUUAAGAUUCUACUUGGUGAAUACGAACCUACUGGAGGAGUAAGGCGUGUUCAUAGGAAUAUGCGAGUUGGAUACUUCAGCCAACACCACGUAGACUCGCUAAGUAUGAAACAAACAAGCCUAGAAUUAUUUAAGACUCGAUAUCCAGGCAAAUUGGAUGUUGAGUAUCGUUCACAUCUUGGAAAAUAUGGCGUCACUGGCGAAUUGGCGAUGCGACCUAUCUCUAGCUUAUCUGGAGGACAGAAAAGUCGAGUCGCGUUUGCUGUUAUGACAUGGCACGAACCGAACUUUUUCAUUCUCGACGAACCUACAAACCAUUUGGACAUCGAAACAGUCGAAGCCCUGGGUGAAGCUUUAAAGAAAUUUAAUGGCGGAGUUAUAUUAGUAUCACAUAACGAGCAGCUAAUCCAAAUGGUGGCACAAGAAACAUGGUUGUGUGGUAACAAGACCGUUACUAGAAUAGAAGGCGGAUUUCCGGCUUACAAAAAGGCUUUGGAAGAGGAAUUCCGUAGAAUAAAUACUUGAUAAAUACA